AGCGUUAAAGACUGCUAAAGUGAGAGUGGCCAAACCAAUCCCAUCAAAGCACUGAGCCUUUGUCUCUCCAAAUCUUGUUUCUCUCUCUUUUUGUUGUAUUUAAGCAAGCCCAGCAGAUAUCGAAGAGUACUGUUGUUUCAUUUAUCAAACCAGAAGAAAGAGAGAGGAUCAUAGAUUAGAAAUAGAGAUCGUAUAGUGUGUGUUUCAUUGAUUAAUUUGAACAGGAUAACGUAGAUCAAUGGGGUCGACGUCGAACGGGAUCGACGACAAGGUGGCGGAGGCUGUCAUGGCAGGGAGGUACAUGGAGAUGGAGCACGAAGGUGAGGAGAAGACCAUCAAAUCCAAGCUAUCCGGUCUUCUCUGGCACGGCGGCUCCGCCUACGACGCCUGGUUCAGUUGUGCCUCAAACCAGGUGGCUCAGGUGCUGCUAACACUACCUUACUCAUUCUCCCAGCUGGGGAUGCUGAGCGGAAUCUUGUUCCAGCUCUUCUACGGUUUGAUGGGAAGCUGGACAGCUUACCUUAUCAGCAUUCUCUACGUGGAGUACAGAACCAGGAAGGGGAGGGAGAAGGUGGACUUCCGGAACCAUGUCAUUCAGUGGUUUGAAGUGCUGGAUGGGUUACUCGGGAAGCACUGGAGAAACGUUGGAUUAGCUUUUAAUUGCACCUUUCUCUUAUUUGGAUCAGUCAUUCAGCUCAUUGCUUGUGCUAGUAACAUAUACUACAUUAAUGACAAACUAGACAAGAGGACCUGGACCUAUAUCUUCGGAGCUUGCUGUGCCACCACAGUGUUCAUCCCGUCGUUCCACAACUACAGGAUAUGGUCCUUCUUGGGCCUAGUCAUGACUACCUACACAGCCUGGUAUCUCACCGCAGCCUCCCUCCUCCAUGGCCAGGUGGAAGGGGUGCAGCAUUCGGGGCCAACCAAGCUGGUUCUAUACUUUACAGGCUCCACCAACAUCCUCUACACCUUUGGUGGGCACGCUGUCACAGUGGAGAUCAUGCACGCGAUGUGGAAGCCGCAGAAGUUUAAGGCAAUCUAUCUACUGGCGACUCUGUACGUGCUGACGCUGACGCUGCCGUCGGCAGCAAGCGUGUACUGGGCCUUUGGCGACGCGCUGCUAAACCAUUCCAAUGCCUUCUCGCUGCUGCCGCAGACGCCCUUCCGUGACGCCGCCGUGGUGCUCAUGCUAAUCCACCAGUUCAUCACGUUUGGCUUCGCCUGCACCCCGCUCUACUUCGUCUGGGAGAAGCUCAUCGGCCUGCACGACUGCCGCAGCAUGUGCAAGCGCGCCGCCGCGCGGCUUCCCGUCGUCAUCCCCAUCUGGUUCCUCGCCAUCAUCUUCCCCUUCUUCGGUCCCAUCAACUCCGCCGUCGGCUCCCUCCUCGUAAGCUUCACCGUCUACAUCAUCCCCUCCCUCGCCUACAUGUUUACCUUCCGAUCCGCCGCAGCUCGCGAGAACGCAGUGGAGAGACCACCGCGGUUCGUCGGAGGGUGGGUGGGAGCCUACUUGUUGAACAUGUUCGUGGUUGGGUGGGUGUUGGUGGUCGGAUUCGGAUUGGGCGGUUGGGCGAGCAUGACCAACUUCGUCCACCAAAUCAACACCUUCGGACUCUUCGCUAAGUGCUACCAAUGCCCCCCGCCGCCGCCGGGUACUCUUCCCAUUCCCAAUCCCAGUACUCCAACGCCAUUUCCUGGCGGCUCCGCAGUUCACAAUUCCACAAAUCCGGCCAUCGUAGUCUCGCCAUCUCCUGCGCCUUCCUAGCUAUCUACUUCCACCAUCAUCGCCGUAGCAGACCAAGACGGCCCGGGCAAGAAACGUUUUGCCUAGACUAAUGAAGGCCAUCUUUGUGGUAGCUAGCUAUGUGGUAGUACUACUGUUCUAACUACUAGCGAUUUCUUUCUUUCUUUGUUCCUUUGUUUUUUUCAUCAGAGAUGAAUGUAAUGAAGCUAUGAGAAUAUGACCAUUAAUGGCAGCUGCAGCUAAUCUGAUCUCCAGUUUUGCUUGCCUUGCUUUUCAAA